UCGCCACAAUGACAAACGGGCUCGCUGCUGUAAUUUCCCCCUCCCUCGUCCAUUCUCCUCUCUCUCCUUUAAUAUAGACUCCGCACCAAAAAAAUGGAAAUAUCAGUAGAAAUGUCUUUGAAUGAGCUACCAGAAGGGUGCAUAGCUAAUGCACUGUCGUUUACAACUCCUCAGGACGUUGGCCGGCUCUCGGUUGUCUCUCCCAUGUUCAUGUUGGCCGCCGUAUCCGAUGUUGUUUGGGAGAGGUUCCUUCCUAGAGAUCUUGAAUCUAUUCUAUCCACCUCCCCUGAUGGUUCUUGCCUGAUGGCAUCUGCGGCUUCCAGAAAGGAACUGUAUUUUAGCCUCUGUGAGAAUCCAGUGCUUGUUGAUAAUGGGAGGAAGAGCUUCUCAUUGGAAAAAAAGAGUGGGAAGAAAUGUUACAUGCUUUCUGCAAGGGACCUCUUGAUUACAUGGGGUGAUUCUCCUCAGUAUUGGACAUGGAAUUCUGACCCCACAUCUAGAUUUCCAGAAGUAGCUGAGCUUAUUUCGGUGUGCUGGCUUGAAAUCCGUGGCAAAAUCAAUACUAGCAUGCUAUCACCCGCAACGUUGUACACAGCAUACCUUGUGUUAAAGCUUUCCAUAGACAUUCACAAUUAUGGAUUGGAUGACCAGCCAGUUGCGGUUGCAAUGAAACUGGAUGGAGAAGAAAGUUAUACACGGACUGUUAGCUGGAGUGCAGAAAGAAGGCCGGGGCAGGUACCCUGUAAUGCGAGACGGCUGUUUUCUUUAUUUAGCUUUAGCCGCAGAAGAUCUGUAUCUACUGGAGAAAGUGAUGGACAUUAUCCACGGGACAGAGGAGAUGGGUGGUUGGAGAUUGAACUAGGUGAGUUCUUUACCAAGGAAGGUAAAGAUGAAGAGCUGGGAAUUAGAGUUUUUGAUGGCACUACUCAUUGGAAACGUGGGUUGAUUGUUGAAGGGAUCGAGAUUAGACCAAAACAGGGUGCAAGAGGAGCUAGUCCAAGCAGUUAAAGAUGCACAGUAAAUGGACUUCAUCUGAAGUGGCAUGUUUAAUACUAGAAGCCGACAAAGUUUCCAACCAUACUGUUGAUGCUGAAACUAGAACCACAAAGGGAGCAAAAUUGUAUUGUUGAAACAAUGUUAUCUGUUGUCUUUCUUCAAAACUAUCCAUUGUGUAUGUGGUUUAAAUCCAAAAGGUAUUAAAUUGAAUGGGCCAUUGCUUUGCUGGGAUCUCUGUAGUCUAGCUGAGGUUUCAAACACAAUCUUUUUUUCACGGAAAGCAAUCUAGUGAAUUCAAAUAAAAAGAAGUUACUAUAAACUUAUUCU